AUGUCAUUUCCUCCAGGACUGAUUAAUUCGGAAUCGGUCAAAGAAAUCGCCGAUCCAACUUCUUCACCGAUAUCAAAAUCAACCACAACCUACAACCCCAAUAGACAACAAACAUCAAAUGAAUCAGAUUCACCUACUCCUACAGAAACACCAACACCAUCAUCAACUACAACAGGUACAAAAAAAUCCAAAUCUACAAGAAGAUCCGUUGCUUGUAAAAGUUGUCAUACACUAAAAGUAAAAUGUACACCUUCAGAUCCAGACAACCCCGCUGGUUCAUGUAUAAGAUGUUUGAAUGCCAAACGAAAAUGUGAGAUUGAUUUAACUCAAACAAGAAAGAGAAGAAAGAAAGCGGAUAUACUUGAAGCCAAUGCCCAAGCUGCCGCUGGUAGUACUUUAACUUCCACCAAUACUGAUUCAAGACCUGCUAGUAGAGCCGCAACCACACCCGUUUUGGGAUAUGCUGGCCCACCACAAGCUCAACCAUUAUCAACAGUAAUGUCAAGAGGAGGAAUGAUUAGUGUUAAUGAUUCAUUGGCAAAUUCAUCUAUUCCUUCUCCUCGGUUCACAACAAUAACACCAGUUCAAAGGUUAUUCACUUCCGGCUCCCCCGUUUCAGCUCCAGCAGUUAUCCCACCCGUACUCCCAACUGUACCCCUAGUAGAAACUGUGCCCCAACAGCCAUCUCAACCAGAUGAAAAAGAUAAUGAGAUUCUUUUAUUAAAACAAAAAGUCAAAACCUUAGAAUCUCAACUUGCCCAACGCAUGAAUUUCCAACACACUCACAAAAGAACAAACUCCACCCAAAGCACCAACGACACAGUUCUGGAUGUUAGUUCCCCACCUUUUAUCUCCAAAUUCGAUCUCGAACGAGAAAUAACCAUCUUAGUAGAAUCCUCCAAUUCAAAACUCACCGAUAUAACUAGUGAACUUAAUGCUCUUGCCGAUCGUCGUACACGCUUAUUAAAAGAAGGCAAUUCUGCUAUUGAUAUGGUUUCUGCCGGCUUGGUUUCGCCUCAGGAGGCGGCAGAAAGGGUGAAGAUUUAUAAAGAACAGAUAUUUGCCUUGAACCCCUUGGUUGAUAUUCCGGAUAACCUUUCAAUUGACGAAUUUAGGACUCAGCAGCCAUUUCUUUUCAAUGCGAUAAUGUCGGUGACUAAUACUUUAUAUGUUGAUAAACUGGAAUCUGCCGCUGAUCGGGGAUUAAUGAUAGAUAAUGAAGCAAUUAGGACUGUUUCGGUAGAAGUUAUGGUUGCCGGAACGAAAUCGGAUGAGUUGAUUAAGAGUUGUUUGGUGUUGUGUUUAUGGUAUAAUAGUCCAGAAUUGUUUAGACAACGUCGAUAUCAUUUAUUAAAUACAAUUUGUGUUUCUUUGCUACAUGAUUUAGGAAUUUUAUCAAGAUCGACAUAUUUAUAUAAUAAUGGAGUUGGAUCAGUGACUGAAAAAGUUGACCCCAAUAAGGGAAAUAAUGAAUAUCGUGCCUUGAUCUUAACGAUCUAUUUCACAAGUAUUAGUAUUUGUCUUAUCUUAAGAAGGAGGAUAUAUGUCAGGUGGACUCCAUAUGUUGAAGAAUGUUGUUGUGUAUUAGAAAAAUCUCUGGAAGAGAGAUAUAGAAAAUUAGCAUUAUUUUCAAGAUUGAAUCAUAUGUUGGACAAAAUCCAUCAUAUAAUUCAUGCUCCAGAUACUGCCGAAAAAAGAACCAGUACCUCACUGUAUAUAAUUCAAGAAUUACAAAAAUCCUUGACUGUGAUUAGACAUCAGAUUAAAGACGAUGAUCAUGCUAACUUGGCCUAUUAUUUCUCGGUGGAGGCUUACUUGCAUGAACCUUGUCUAGCUGAUGUGUUCACCCGAGACUCAGAUGAAGAAGGCGGCGAUGGUGAGAAUCUUGAAGGAGGAGUGAAAUUAGACCCUAAAGCAGUGAGAUCAAUUGCAAAUUGUACGAAUUCUUGCUUGAACGCCUUGGAUGAAUUUAAUCAAUUGACAAGUAUUGAAGUUGCCCUGAGUCCAUUAUUCCAUGGGACAAGAAUCAUAUAUACAGCUGGGAUGUUAUUGAGAUUAAGGUAUUUGAUAAUGUCCUUACCUUCAUUGAUUGAAAAGGAUUUGGUUCCACAACAUGCAGUAACUGCAAUCCAAAGGACUAAUAGAUUAAUUGAACAAGCUAAUCAACUGCAUCCAUCUAAUCAUUUUUUGAAAAAGACAAGAUUAGUAUUACAAUUGUUUAUUCAGACUUAUGCUGCACAAGUACAAGAUUUAUUAAAGAAGAAUAACGGUGAUACACCUCAGAAUUUGAGACCUCUUGAAUCAUCUGAUCGUCAUUCCCAUCACCAUAAACAAACGAAGAACUCACUGUUGGCGGCUAGUGAUGAUGCAGAAAAAUAUUCAAUCCCAUUGGAUAUUUUAUCGUAUGCAGCAAGUGUAAGAAGAGAAAGUAAAAACGCUCAAAAACGAUCAAAUUCAGAAACUGGUAUGAAAGAAUUUGUACCUCCUCCUACAUUUGCUUCAGCUGGUAAUACUCCAGUUACUGGAUUACCACCACCUCCACAAUCACAAUCAAUGCUGACUCAACAAUCUCCCUCCCAACAAGCUCGUCAAGUUGCAGUUCGCGUCACCGAUCAACAACAACAGCAACCUCAACCACCAAAUGGACAAUUCAAUCCCCCUAUGCAACAACAUCACCCACAGCAAACACAACAUAUGUCACAUCUCUCCUUCAACGGCACGACACCCCAGUUCACCCCACCACCCGCCAUGCAUUUCACUAAUGAAAUGUAUCGACUCCCUUCUAUCCCAGGCAGUGUUUCCAACGGACCAAUUGGCGGUGUACCUAUGGGUAGGUUUAAUCCUAAUUUAGCCCAGCCUGAUCAUUUGGAGAGUUCAUAUAUGCAUUUGAAUGAUGAGUUUUGGGCUGAUUUGUUGAGUACUGAUGAUGCUACUGAUGGAAUCAAUUUUAGUAAUAAUAAUACUAAUAUUGGACAAUUGAGAGAUGAAGUUUUUUUUAAUUGA